AAAGUGAAAGUAUUACAUUUCUAGAAAUUAUUAAUUUUCUGGUAUAUGCAUAUAUUGUAAAUUAAUAAAUAUGUGGCACGAAGCAAGACGUCAAGAAAGAAAGAUCCGCGGUAUGCUCGUCGAUUACAGAAGAAGAGCCGAACGACGCCGUGAUUUUUAUGAAAAAAUUAAAGCAGACCCUACUCAAUUCCUGCAAGUACACGGGCGACAAUGCAAGAUCCAUCUAGACCCAAACAUUGCAGCAGCAGCGGACAGCGCUGUGAUGAUGCCCUGGCAGGGCCAGGCUGAUAACUUAAUAGAUAGGUUUGACGUGAGAGCCCACCUAGAUUACAUUCCACCAUUGAAGAAAGAACAAGAAAUAGAACUGUCUCAAGAAGAACGUCAACUGAAUUAUGAACGGUACAGAAUCAUUGCACAAAAUUCAUUUCUGGGAAUAUCCGAGGAGAAAUUUCUGAAGCAACUCCAUCUUGAGGAACAAUUCGGUUACACUGAAAUGAAGGGAAAAAAGGAACAGAGGACUGGGGGUGCUGCAAUUGGUUUUAACUAUGAAGAUGGGACAGGUAUCAGUCAAACUCCUAUCCAGGAUGACGAAGAAUCUGAUGACAAUAACUCGGACAGUGAUUUGGAUGUUGAUUUAGCAAUAAAUGUGUCAAAAAUGGAUUCUGCACAAGCUCAUGACAUGAAUAAGCAUGGGAGGAACUUUGGAAUGAGUUCUAAUGAUUUCUAUUCGUUUCUUACCAAUGAUUUGGAAGAAGCUGAAACUUUCAGGUUGGCGAAAGAAGAGGAGCACGAAAAAGCGUUGUUUUCAGGCAGAAAAUCGAGGAGAGAAAGAAGAGCACACAGGGAAAAGCGACUAGCUAACCGAGUUAUAAGCCCACCGAGUUACGCAGCGCAGGCGUCACCUACCCUACCUCUUUUCCGUGAUGAAAGCAGAUCUAAAUCAAGAUCUAGGUCAGCUUCACCAGAUAACACUGGAAAAAUCACGUACAUCACUUCAUUCGGAGACGACGAGGAAACACCCUCUAGCAGCAAACCCACAUAUGCGGACAAGGUGAAGUAUGGUAAAUCUAAAAAUAAGAAAGAAACCAGCAGUGAGAGGAUUGUCUAUUAUGGUAGAAGGGGGAGUCGUUCUCGAAGUAGGGAGAGAAAUUCAGGGAAGAGAAGGAGAAAAUCGAGGAGUAGAUCUAGAAGGAGUAGGAGCAGAAAUACCAGGAGUUGGUCGAAAUCUCGGAGAACCAAGAGCAGGUCUAAGUCCAGGAGGAGGAGCAGGUCGAAGUCUAGGCGCAGCAGAAGUAAAUCUAAGGACAGACGCACAAGAUCGCAUUCCAAAUCAAACGCUGCGGCCAGAUCAUACAGAAACCGUCGUUCAACCUCGAAUUCCUCGUCCUCGACAGCGUCUAGCAGAAGAAGCAAGUCACGCCAAAAAUCCCUGUCCCCGGCAAAGAAAAAGUCACCUUCAAUCGUCAAAUCCCCUCAAUGUAAAAGCAGAAGCCCCUCGACAGCGAAAGAGUCACCUCCUAAGGUUUUACCGAGAUAUUACGGUCGAAGAAAGAGCGAUCACAGUUCCUCCGAUCUCAGCGAUUCUGAUCAGGACGACGUCGACAUGAAGCCGGUUAACAAUCCGGUUGCCAGUGACACAAAGUCGGGACAUGGUAAUAAUUCAGGCACAGCAAUCAAAAAAACCACUUCUUCGAGUCUGACCAUCAUCGAACGGCUUAAGAGGAAGCGCCAGGCAUUGCUCAACAGGCAGUUUAAGGCCGAUAAAAUAGCAGAGCAAUUGAAAACAGAACGAGAGAAGCAAGAGCAACAGACAAGAGAAGACGAGCUGCGCGAAAUGGCUAUCAAACUAAGAAGAAGGCAAAGGGAGAAGCGGCACGCUUACGACAGCAACCGAAGUUCCAGUUCUUCAGACUCAGACUCCAGCGGUAAAAGCAAAGAAUCGGUGGCAGAAAAGAGCGGUUCGUCCAGAGAGCACAGUCGCGAGAGAGAGAAAGAAGCAAAACCGUUAAAAAGACAUGAAUCUCGCUAUGAUAACCGAGAGAGAGAAAGUAGGGAUCGCCGAGGGCACAGUAGGGAAAGGCGAGAGGGGGAUCGAGAUAACAGACGAGAUAAGGAUAGGAGGUCGUCAUCUUUGUCACGACGUGUCGUUUACAGAGAAGGUGACAGAGACAGGAGGGAAAGGUGGAGAGAUGACAGGGAUAGGAAGGAUUCUAGAAGUAGUAGGGCGCUGGUCGACUAUUGAUUGCGUUAAUCAUCGUUAAUUUAUAAAGAAAUCCGCUAAGGUAAUUGAAUUAAUUUAUCGUAAUUUGUAAAGCACUGUCAAUAAAUGAAAUUGUUUAUGUA